AUCGCCUUGUAAGAAUAUGGACCCCAUCUUGCAAGUUCUUGCCCGUUGCCUGCAAACCAGCCAAGAAUUUCAAUAGAUCGUUUCAUUGGGGAUAAUACAGUGUUCAUUAACAUCGAAAGCGCGUCUGAGAUUAACAAAGACCCUGUGUGCGAGCAAUUUCGUGACCGAGACAAGCACCGGUGGCCAUCGGGCGAUCUUGACCACGACACACGAGCCGCGUACACCCGCGUGACCGUUAAAUGAACGAUCUGCCGAAAUUACAAUACAAUGGCCCAGAAGAACCACUUGACGAAUACCCGGUAAAUGAGUCAGCCAACGGUGGCCGAAUAAGGCCCGUGUGAACCGCGUCUUCGGGAGCCAUGAUGCAAGUAGGGCAUUCUGGGAAGACAUUAACGGUGAUUUCAAAUUUGGAAAUUUGGGAUUUGGAGAGUUUGGAAAUUUGGAUAUUUGGGAUUUGAGGAGUUUGGAGACGGACGUCGAAGACGAUUAUUUAACUAAAUUAUCGGAUUAUUACUCAGACUAUGGUGAAUACGAGGAAGGAAUUCCAGAAGAUGACGAAGAAGAAGAGGAGGAGGAAGAAGAAGCUGAAGACGAAGUGGAAGAAGUAGAUAUAUACGCUGAUUUAAUGGCACAAUUCGAGGAGCGAAGAACCGAUAGACUGACGGUUGCAGCCGAAGCGAAGAAGGAAUUUUUACGGGAAUUGAUUGGUAUAAGAAGAGAAAAAGAUGUCUCGAGAUCAACACUGAUCACCCCUGAAGAAGUUUCUUCAGUUUCCUCGAAAUUGUCCACCGAAAGUUCUACCCAUCCUUGCCUCAAGGAUAUCGACAUCAGUGACUCUCAAUUGAAAUUGCACAAUCUGUAUACAAAAUUCCCGAUACCCGACGAUCCCGGCUUGGUACCAGCCUUUUGGACCACUCAAGAGUAUCAGGCAAUUUAUCCAGAAGAUGGUGUACAAAAGUUUGAAGAUCUCAUUAAAAUGUCGGGCAUCCGACCUAUACGAUCGUUGAAAACCAUGUUUAUGUCUGAUAAGAUCAGCUUACAGUACUAUGGUGUGAACUCUCGCAUUAUAAGACCUCUCUGCGAGGCUCUCAUGAAAAAUCAUUCAGUGGAAACUGUUGAUCUUACGGGUAACUGGCUAUCAGAGGACGCCUGCUAUCACCUGAAUGACUUGCUGAGGACAAAUAAUGUAAUAACUACUCUACUGUUAGCCGGAUGUCAAAUCGGGCCAAAAGGUGCAGCGAAGCUUUACGAUGGACUCACGAGGAACGUAACCUUAACGACACUAGAUCUUUCCAAUUGCAACAUUGGAAGCGAGGGGCUCGAUCACAUUGCAAGUGCUAUGAGCAACAACGAGAGUAUUCACAACCUCUCUUUGAACAACAAUCAUCUCGACGAAUCUUGUGCAGACACGUUACAGAAGUUGCUCUCUUCGUACAUGCUGCAAUAUUUAGAUCUCUCGUGGAAUUCCUUAUACACUGCAGACACCUGGAGGAAGAUGUGCAGAGCACUAGAGAGUAACGAAGCCCUGGUGGAUCUUGACUUAUCCUGGAACGCGUUAGGCAAAGAAUGCGUGCCGCAUCUGCGUCGAUUAUUGCAACGUUCGCUUGCACUGAAAAAAUUAGAUUUAAGUGGGAAUCGAUUCUAUAAUGAGGAUAUAGACCUCAUAGCAAGAAGUUUGUCAAGAAACGAUGUGUUAGAAGAAAUAUAUUUUGGGGACAACCCUUUCAAAGCGGAGGGUGCAUUGGCUCUUGUCAAAGCACUCACCCCAGACAAAGCUCCGGAGAGUCAACUACAAGUUUUAGACCUUACAAACAUUUGGGCAAACAAAGAUAUAUUACCGGAUCUUCAGGCAAUCAAAGAUAGCAAACCGUGGCUUCAAAUCAAACUUGGAGGAAUAUUUAGCAAUUACAAAGUAGAAGGCCCAGAUGUGAAAGCGAUACUUUUGAAGAGGGCAAACUUUGAAGCAAUGAAACCCAAAAAUAAACGACGUCGCAGGAAUUUUGGCCACUUCGUGCUAUCACUUGAGGAUAAUGUUAUUUCGAGAGGAAAGUUUGUGGAGUUAGUCAAGGACUUCAAACUAAAGUUAUCGCAAUCUCUUAUCCGUGAAUUAAUGGGCGCAUUCGCUGCUACAAGACAUUCUGUUGAUCAAGGAUUAUUGAAAUCAACUUAUAUGAAACAUUUUCCGGAUACCAAACUGCCACCGGAAAAACCUGCCAAGAAGAAAAAAGCAACUAGUCCGAAAAAAGAAGCGAGGACAAAAGUGAAGAAGAAAACGAAAAAAUAGAA